AGAGAAAGAGUUAGCGAGGGAACUUGAACGAGAAGGAGAAAGAGAGGGUCGAGACCAAGAGAAGGAGCGGUGGGAAUUUAUAAGGAUGUUCGCGAUAAUGCCGAUGGAGACAGAGGGGCACGGCAGGGAGUUCGGCCGGCGGCAGAAGAUGCGCGCCAAGUGCACCGUAGAGUUCGUCUGCAAGUACUGCCAGCGGCGCUUCACCAAACCUUACAAUCUAAUGAUUCACGAGCGUAGUCACAAGGACGAUGUGACCUUCACCUGCGAGGUCUGCGGAAAGUCCUUCAAGCGGCAGGAUAAUCUCAAGCAGCACAGAUGUGGGUGGCGGUGAGCGGGAGCUCUGAAAUCUCCUGCACCUUGACACAUACCACUACUACUACUACUACUACUACACAACAACAACAAUGCACACAACAACAACAACUACAACAAAAUCAACAACAGCAACAAUCAUUACUACUACAACUACAACUACUAAUACUACUCAGUAACAAGAACAAUUCAAAUUACAACCACGCAUUCUUUGAUCAUCCCCCUCGUAUUCUUUUUUUCGAUGCACGAUGAAAGCUCAAUCAAUUUGCAAUCAAUUUUUUGACCGCCCUCCCCCCACUACAUAUCUUGCAUGCGCUAAAAUUUCUUAUAUAUAUAAGAUUUUCUUAUAUGUCCACCUCCUUCUCCUUCCACACACAUUACGUUUUUUAAUUGUUUUACUAUAUCAACUUUUUUACCUUAAAACACGCAAUCCGAUAUUAAGCUUUCGUUCUCGCUGUUUACUUUAUAUUUCAUCACUUUAUUAUCCGAAUCGUCUACGUAUUUUCUUUUAUAUUAUUAUAUCCCUUUUUUUCUUCUUCCUUUUUUUUCCUAUCUUAUCAUCCUUCUUCUUCUUUUUUUUUUGGUCUUUUACUUUACUACUUUUACUAACACUGCGCGAACAUUAGAUCGAUACGAUUGAUAAAAAAAGAAAAAAAAAGAAAAAAAAGGCUAGGAAGAAAAAGAAAGUAAUUUGAUGAAGUGAACUAUGUUGUUCUCUUCUACAAUAUACUUUCCUCAUCUUCCGAUUUCGACGAUCUCUGUUACAGGAGCAUACACUCUGUUCCCUACAAGGGCUCCAACGGCUACUCAAAUGGCUACUCUAGGUACUAGAAGCCAUCCUGCCAUAUCCGAACAAAUACAAAAAUAUUCUAAAUAUAAUACAAAGCAAAAAAAAAAACCACAAAAACAAAAACGCGCUUUUCUUUUGCAUACACUCACAUACGAUGAUGAUAAUUAUGAAUAUACAUGCAAUUAACAAAUCAUUACUGCAAUUUUUUCACAAACACGUAAAUCAAAUUACGCGUUGUUUCAAAUGAUUAUUAAUUGACAAUUAAUAUUACAAUUUAAUUAUUAUUAUUAUUAUUUCUUCUUUCAUAUUCGUGUCAUAUAUUCCCUCGUGUGUAAUUUAAUUCUCAAUCGGGUUAGCGCGUUUCUUUGAUCAUUCUUGCUUCUCUCUCGUAUAUCCCAAUCCAGUUCCUUGAGCUUAAACACCUAGACGUCAGCCACAUCAUUAAAAAAAAAAGAAGCUUUCGAUGACACCAAUUAUUAACCAGACGACAAACUAGACUUUCCAUCAAACAACACUUCUACGAACAAACCUGGAUGAGAGAGAGAAAAAAAGAAAUCUGUCACCGUCGUCAUCGUCAUCGUCAUCGUCAUCGUCAUCGUCAU